AAGAGUAUAUAUAUAUUCAGUCAUAUAAUCAAAGUGACAUUUAUUAAAAAGUAUUACAAACGAUAUCGUUUUCUAUAAUUUUCGUCAAAUACCAACAAUAGUUAGCAUCCGUAAAAGCUGCCUUUGCUUGUGUGUUAGCCGAAGAACCAGUCCAACUCCUAAAUCUGAUUCUCAACAUCUCCUUUCUAUCUCUGUUAUUUCACGAGCCUCUAAAUCGUCCGAGAUCAUAUUGGUUCGUCAAAACGGAAGAUAAAUUCCGAAUCUUGGUGCAAGUAUCACAUAGAAGAACAUCAUUUCUAAAAGGUACCUUAACAUGGACAGAUUUGCUUUGUAGCUACACAAAGAUGACUACAAUCGAAACCGGUCAGAAAACUCAAAAGACUUCUGCUGCUGCUGCUACUCUCAAGCAGCCAUCGCCGUCGUUUAAAAGGUGGGGAAGGAGAAACCCAUUUGUAAGAUACGGACUUCCGAUGAUAUCUCUCACAGUUUUCGGAGCCCUAGGGCUAAGCCAACUUCUUCAAGGAAGUAAAGAUAUAGCAAAGGUAAAAGAUGACCAAGAAUGGGAGAUUAUAGAGACAAGAAAGGCGCUUUCGAGAACAGGACCUGUCGAUGCUUAUAAACCUAAAAACACAUCCAUUGAAGACGAACUCAAGGCUAUGCAAGGGAAGGUGGACAUAGACUCGUACGAGUACAAGAAAAUUCCAAAGCUAAACGAAAGCAAGUAGUGCCGAAGUGAAGUCUUUUAAGAUAUAAUAUCUGUAUCAGAAUCUUCUUUUCUUUUAAGUUUAACUUUGUAAUAACUCGUCACAUAAACGCCCAAGGAGAAAUCCAGUAAGUUUUGACCUUCAUAAACCAAGAACAGAGAUGUUUUUAAAAAAUUCAGCUGUUGAUAAUACAUGUGCUGAAUUACAAACUUCUAAAUAAGUUCUUUGCUUAAAGAACUCUUAGCAAAAUUAAACAUGAACAAUAUCUCUCG